GCUGGGGCCGGGGCGCUCGCACAAGAUGGCGGUGGGGCGGCGGGAGAGCGCGCUCCCCUCGUAGAUGCGGCCGCGGCGGCCCCUGCUCCCGGCGCCCGGCGGGGCUUACAUGGCGCUGGAGGACCUGCUGCUUUGUCUCUGCUUCUCCGCCCUCGCCGUCCUGGCCGUGCAAGGGAGGCUGUCCGAAGGGGAUUCUCUGGAGCUGAGCUGUAGUGCUGGUCCUGCAAAGGUGAUACUGGAGCCAAACCAAGUGGUGAUUUUGGACUGUAACCUGACUCCUGUUGAGCAAGUGAUCAAUAUCACUUGGAAGAAGAAUGGGUUUCCAUUAGUGGAGCAAGAACAUCUCCAUGUGCUUCCAAAUGGAUCACUCUUCAUUUCAUCCCAGGCUGUGGCAAAGGACAGUAAAUAUCCAGAGAGGGAUGGUGCUGGGGGUAAUUACUCCUGUGUGUCUCACACCUCCCUAGGGACUGUCACCAGUCAAAUAGCUGCAGUCAGAUUUUCAACAUUAUCACGCUUUUUCCAGCAGCCGGAGUCGCAGACAGUGGAAGAGAAUGGCAUGGCCCGGUUUGAGUGCCGGAUCGAGGGGCUGCCCUCCCCUGUCAUCACCUGGGAGAAGGACCAUGAAGCUGUUCCUGCAGAGCCCAGGUUUAUAACUCUUCCCAAUGGUGUCCUCCAAAUCCUGGAUGUGCAGGAGAGCGAUGCUGGGAUUUACCACUGCGUGGCAACCAACGCCGCCCGAAAGCGCUACAGCAACGAUGCCACCCUCAGUGUGGUGAAAGGUUCCCAGGCAGCAGGAGGAGAUGUCACCAUCGUUGCUGCUCCAGAGAACACCACGGUGGUGGCUGGGGAGAGCGUGGUGAUGGAGUGUAUGGCAGCUGCUGAUCCCACCCCCUUUGUCUCCUGGAUACGACAGGAUGGAAAGUCCAUUUCCACAGAUGUGAUUGUGCUGGGCCGGACAAAUCUCCUCGUUCCUUCCAGCCAGCCCCAUCACUCCGGGGUGUACGUCUGCCGAGCCAACAAACCCCAAACCCGGCAGUUCGUUACCGCCGCAGCUGAGCUCCGCAUCCUCGCUACUCCCAGCAUCUCCCAGGCCCCUGAAACCAUCUCCCGCACCCGAGCCAGCACAGCCAGGUUUGUGUGCAAGGCAGAGGGAGAGCCAGUCCCCACCAUCCACUGGCUGAAGAACGGGGAGCCCAUUCUCUCCAACGGGCGCGUGAAGGUGCAGAGCAGCGGCACCCUCGUCAUCAACCAGAUCGGCCUGGAGGAUGCUGGCUACUACCAGUGUGUGGCUGAGAACAGCCUGGGCAUGGCCUGUGCCACUGCCAAGCUCUCGGUGAUCGUGCGGGAGGGUUUGCCCAGCGCUCCCAAGAAGGUCUCAGCCGUGUCCCUCUCCAGCACCACCGUCCUCGUGUCCUGGGAGCGGCCGGAGCACAACAGCGAGCAGAUCAUCGGCUUCUCCUUGCACUACCAGCGGGCUGUGGGAACAGAUAAUGUGGAAUACCAGUUUGCUGUUAAUAACGACACAACUGAGCUGCAAGUCAAGGAUCUGGAACCAAACACCAACUAUGUCUUCUAUGUGGUUGCAUAUUCCCAGCUCGGAGCCAGCCGGACAUCCUCUUCCAUCGUCGUCCAGACCCUGGAGGAUGUUCCCAGUGCAGCCCCUCAGCUGUCCCUGUCGAGCAUGACUCCUGGUGACAUCCGUGUGACGUGGCUGCCUCCUCCUCCUGAGCUGAGUAAUGGCAAGAUAACCAAGUACAAGAUCGACUACUGCACCCUCAAGGAAGCAGAUCAGGUCACCUCCAUCGAAGUGGGUGGAAAUGAGACCCAGAUCACCCUGUACUCACUCCAUCCCAACAAAGUGUACAAAGUUCGGAUUGCAGCCAGCACCAGUGUGGGAUAUGGGGCCCCUUCCGAGUGGACCCAGCAUCGGACUCCUGACAGAGACAACCAGACACAUGUUCCAUUUGCCCCAACAGAAUUAAAAGUCCGAGCGAAGAUGGAGUCUCUCCUGAUAACAUGGCAGCCCCCAGCAAACCAUGCCCAGAUAUCUGGCUACAAGCUCUACUACAGAGAGGUGGGCCCAGAGGAGUCCAGUGAUGAGAGCCCUUUGGAUGGUGCUGAAGAUGAGAGCUGGGAUGUAGGACCCAUAAAACUAAAGAAGAAAGUGAAGCAGUAUGAGCUGACUCGACUAGCUCCUGGGAAACUGUACGAGGUGAAGCUGGUGGCAUUCAAUAAGCACGAAGAUGGGUACGCAGCGGUUUGGAAGGGCAAAACAGAAAAGGCACCUGUGACAGCAGUAGAUCCCCCUGUGCAGAAGGGGCCUCCACUGCCUCCAGUCCAAGUCUAUGCAGAGUCCAACAGCUCAACUUCCAUCUGGCUCCGCUGGAAGAAGCCUGACUUCACAACAGUCAAAAUUGUCAACUACACCGUGCGCUUCAGCCCCUGGGGCCUGAAAAACGCCUCUCUUGUGACGUACUACACCAGCUCAGAUGAAGACAUUCUCAUUAGUGGGCUGAAGCCCUACACCAGGUAUGAGUUUGCUGUGCAGUCCAACGGUGUUGGCAUCGAUGGGCCCUUUGGCAGCGUGGUGGAGCGCUUCACCCUGCCCGACCGGCCCUCCACUCCUCCAUCUGACCUGCGGCUGCACCCUCUCAACCCCUACGCUGUCCAGGUGCACUGGUGCCCACCUGUGGAGCCCAAUGGCAUCAUUGUGGAGUAUCUCAUCCUGUACAAUGCCAACAACACACAGCCAGAUGACAUGUGGACCUUGCUGACACGAGAAGGAAACAUCUUCAGCACUGAAGUGCAUGGCCUGGAAAGUGAUACCAGAUACUUCUUCAAGAUGGGAGCAAAAACAGUGGUGGGAUCUGGUCCCUAUUCCAACGUUAAGGAUGUGCACACCCUCCGGGAGAAGCUGUCUGAUGUCCUGGAUAUCCACUCUGUCACAGGGAUCAUCGUGGGGGUGUGCCUGGGGCUGCUCUGCAUUCUCUUCUGCAUGUGUGCCAGCUUCCGCAACAGCAAGCACAGGGAGGCCCUGCCAGGCCUGGAUUCCCAGGCUGCUGGCAACCACACAUACUACCACCGGAGCAGGCAAGGGUUGGCCUCUCCCAGUGCCACCUUGGACUCACAUGAGCUCGAGUCCCUCAUGUCUCCAGUACCAGAAGAUGCACCUGUGCCCCUGGGGGACAUCACCGAGCUGGCAGAAGUGCACAGCCUCAUCCACACGAGCCUCCCUGAGGACAUCUUCCAUGGGAAGAGGAACUCUUCAUGGAAUAAAUCAACCAACCAGGCCUGGACAAACAGCAUCACCAGAUAUGGGGACACCAUCACCAAAGAGCCUCUCUCUGCUGUCAAUGGGUCACUGAAGCUCCCCUCCAGUGCAGGGCAGAAGCUUCUCUUACAAGCCCUGGUUUAUGACGCUGUGAUGAAUGAAGCAAAGAAAAGCCACCUGCCAGCCAGCCUCCACCAUGUAGAAGCAGAAGUCAUCGUCCAUUCUGAUUUUUCAGCCUCUGACAGAGACUACAACUCCCAGCUGCACACCCUGGAGAGCGAAGAGACAGAAAUUGAGGACCGGGAGCUGGAAGAGCUCCCCUCAGCAGAGCUGGCUCUUCCCAGUUCCCAGCAGGACACUGGCCAAGUGGUGGUGGACUGUGUGAACAAUUUGGAGGUUCAGGCACAGGCUGAGCUGCUCUGUACCAACACAAAGACUGACAAACCAGAGGCUGUUUGCAUCCAUGGGCUCACCAAUGGCUUCCACAGGCAUGGAGAAAGUCUGGAUUUGGAGAGUGGAGAUUCGGAUUCCAGCCAGGAAGGCAGGGGUGAUUUGCAGCCAGUCAAGUGCCAGUUGCUUUCCACAGCACCUGAGGAGGACCUGCUCUGUAGUAACUCUGGUUUAACCAGUCCAUCCUCAGCAUCUGAGAACAUGCCACAUGUCCACAAUCACAAAGAAUGAACUAAACUGACUUUGAUCACAGCAGGGCUGAAGCACGAGGAGAGCCUGUCCCUAUGAGGUGUUGCCUGCCCUCAGCUGGCUGAGCCCAGCAGGAGCUGGUGCAGCAUCUCACCAGAGCAGGGCUUGGACCUGUCAGCUCUACAGAGGCCUUCGGGAAGCCAGGUGGGUUGGAAAGGGCCCAUCUUCCUCCCACUGAAGCUGCUGAAGAACUGAGUGUUGGUGGGAGCAGGACUGAGCCAUCUGCCAAAGUCUGCCGUGGAACCACGAUGGAACAGAGCCUUCUGCACUAGGCUGGGGCUGUCACUUCACCAUGGCCCUCGAGGCGAUUGGCAGGACAUCCUUUAACACUGGGAAGUGGCAGAGUGCACCGAGGGAUCCUUCUCAACUGCCUCUUCCCUGGGGAGUGCCCGGGCACUACUGACUGCCUGGCAGCGUUGGGAUAAAUUCUGGCACAGGAGUCCCAGGAGCGGGUGGAAGCCCCAGAAACAAAGGCAGUGAGCUGUAAGCACCAGCCUUUUCUGCCCUCCCGUGGUUAGAAGGAUUACCAGGCUCUCUGUGUGCGCUGCUGCAGUAACUACUACUAGCAGGCUGAUGUAGUGGCCUUUUAUUACACACUCUACGAGUGCCUCUAACAACUUGUACUAUAUAGAACCUUCUGCAGCGUCUGGGUCUUUUCACCAGCCUGGGCUUUGUUUUAUGUAGGUUCUUGUACCUAAUAUUUUAGGUACACAUCUGUCCUUUUAAUGUACAACAUGUAUUUUUAUUUCCUUGGAACAUCUUUAUAUUAUUUAAUUUUAUAAAGUGGAAUAGUGUGUGGUAUAGAGUAGCAUUUUUACUACUUCUCUCUUUCUUUAUUUUUCCUCCCUAACAACACAACUACCUCAUGUCUGUUGGAAAAAAAAAAGCAGUAGAUCUACUCAUUUGUUAUAGUCCAUUAUAGGUUUUAACUUAUUCUUAUACUGCCUUUUUCUAAAGAAUAUGUUUGCACUGGUUGUUGACUCUUCUUUAACACAUAGUGCUGCAGAUCUGAUGUCUCUCAUGCUUUGUUUCUUGACACCUUCCCUACAGCCAGAGAGUUGGGUUGUGUCUCUCUGUAGGACUGUGUUUUGGAGCAGCUGCCAAAGGAGACUGCUUUAGCUGGCAGGAUGUCGAUCCAUCUUUCCUCAACAAGCUUAUACUAACAAAUAGAAAGAAGAACCAGCAAUUGCAAAAGUAACUUGUGAUACUGGGGGCAGGUAUUUAUUUUCUCUUUUAUUGGGUGCCCGUGUGGAGACAUCUCAGAUGGUUUUGGUUUACAGAGAGCAGCACCCAGCCUUCUGUAAACAGUGGACUUGCUGAAAGCCUUGGAUGAACAAGUGAAAUUUUCCAGUCACUUCUGAUAGUCCUGGCCAAAGUGCUUUUGGGUGCUUUUUGUUUUUUUUUUAAAGCAGAAUGCCACCAGAGCCUUAAAAUUAAAUCUUUGGUCUCCUACGAGUCAGUCUGGCUUGAAAAUCAUCGACUGACUCUUCCUGCUGAUGCUGUAUGCUUACUGCUGACAUGUCUCUCAGCCUGGCCCUGAUGAAGGUGGACUUUUCUCUACUUUUUUUAGCUGGUCUCUGUCCUGCUCCAGGCUUGCACGGUUUGACUGCAAAUGCUACAAGAGUGGACCAGCUGCUUGGAGUUAACAACGAUCAAUAAUUCUGUUCAUGGGUGUUUGAUGAAUGUUUUGCCUUCCUGGAGGAUUCAGACAUCUCACCAUUUGUUAAAAAAGUGAAGGAAAAGAUACCCACCUUCCUCUUUUCUUGCUGAAAUUCUCCCCAGGGUAUAUGGGGAAACUGCGUGCCAACUUGAGAUCCUGUAAAAGACUUUAGAUUUUGUUUUUCCUGGUGACGACUGGGUUGGAGGUACCACUGCUUGCAGCAUGGCAAACGUCACUUCACCAGCACCCUGCAACCCUUUUACCUCCAGCUUUUCAGCAAAUGAGAACCUCCAAGCCUCCAUGUACUCUGAUGGGAAGGAAUAUUGGAGCUUCCACUUCUCCUCAGCUGGCAGCAUCUCCUCCCAGUAUGACACACUGUUCUGGUAACCAGCUGUAUUUCCAGUCAUUGGGAUUGCUCUGUUUCUCCAGCUUGGUGUCUUGAGGAGUCUCAGAAAUGCUGUUCCGUGCUCUAGCUAGCCAUGACUCUGGAAUCUGUGGGACAGAGACUGGAAACCAGUGCCAGUGAGCAGGUGAAGGCAGGAGUUGGUGUGUGUGCUAUUGGAGCGAGGAAAACACAAGGAAACAUAACUGGGCAGAGGAAGUGUGUCAAUAACCUCCAGAACCCACUGCCACAAGACUUUGAAACUCAUGACUUAGCAGGGUUACAGAUAAGCAGUGAAGUGUUAUUGCAGGCAAUAAGGGCAAUUCACAGUUCCCUGGGAGCGAUGCAGUCACAGACGUACAAACCCUCCAGCUGGGCAAGGCCAGGCGCUCGCUGCAGUGCGUGGGGGGACAUUGACCUGAGAGGGUGGCCUUCAGGUCCCAGUUCCAUGAAGAGUUCUUGCCCUUCUUCAGUGACAGAACAGGCCCUGCACAAACCACACUGCCAUUGCCACUUUCCAUCCAGGAUGGUAGGAGUGUGCCACACUUUUGGGGGUGCUCCCUUGUACAUGCACCCCCUGCUUUGCCUGUACAGCCUUCAGCAGUCCUACAGCCCUGAGCUGCCUGAAGGCUGUCCCUGCCUGUCACUGCAGCUCACUGCAGCAGGAACAGUGGGCACCAUUCCCCUGGAUCACUUUGGUCUGAGGACCAAACCACACAAUAGUUAGAGGCUCAGAGAGCUUUGGGGAGAUGCAGCAGACCACAAACAAUUUUGUUUAUGCAUCCCCAAAACACUUUUGUCACCGUAUGCUGAGGCUUGUUCUGAUCUCAUUACCCUUCACCAAACUAUACUAGGGUGUGAAGCUGGCAGUGUUUGGCUGUCCAAGAACUGUGGAGGCCAUGGUCUGGUAGGGCAAACCUGAGUUGCAGAAAAGCCAGACAGUUCCCUUGGAGCCAAGAGGCCACCACUGACCAGCAGCACCAAAGCUGUCCCUGGAUGAGCACACGUCCACACAGUGCUGGAUGUCCUUGUCCAACUCAGCUGUGCUCCAGGUCCCCCCUGCCCUGAACGUGCAGGGACCUUUCAGUCUCAGCUGGAACUGAAUCGAAGACACAUAAUACACUUUUGAUGUGUAAAGCUGAAACAACCAGUGCAUAUAUUUUUUUAUCAUGAAAUAAGUAGCUUUUUCUUGCAGAUUUCUCACAGGCACACAAACUGUUGAUACCUUUAAUUACCCAUCAUGCUUAAUGUUCCUGCACACCAGGCUCCUUUCUUCAUUUUCUUCCUUUCAGUAACACUAAAGAUUAUUGCUGUUCAAUUUUUUUGCUGGUGUAUAUUGUUUUACAUUGUUAAAAUGUCAGGUUUGUCUCACUGGCAUAAUUUUCUAGUAUUAAUGUUACUUUUUGGCUACACAACUGUAUAUUCCCCAUGCUGCUGUGAGAGUCACAAUUCUCAUCCUUUUAUUUCUUUUCAUUUCUUGUUACAUGAAACAUGCAACUCAGAUAAAAACCUCUAUCAACUUUUUGUUGACUUGAUUUCUUACUUAACAGGCAGCAAAGUUCUGGUUUAAAUAGUUCAAAUGAGAUAACUUCUGAUUUAGAGUUGUGAUUUUUUUUACAUUACUAGCUAACAAUCAGCCCAUGAAAUAUUGCUGUGUAAAAAAACCCAACCAUUUUAAUAGAACGCUGUAUAUGGUUUUGAUCUCAUUAGUAAUAGGUGUUUUGAAGGAAUCAUUGUGUCUUUUCUAAUUGCUACUUUUGUUAGAAAAGAAGUGUUUAACCAGCAGAAAUCUACCAUCUACUUCUGUUACUGUAUUCCCUUGCUUGUAUUUUCAAGUUAAAUUUCAUUUUCUGCACAGUGCAUAAAGAUGUGUAACCAGAACUUGAUCUUGUUUGAAGGUUGUGUCUGUGUUUGGUUCCAUACUGUACUUUAUUAUAACUUUCUUUCUUCAGACACUGUUCUUACUCCACAAAUACUCUUUAGUGUUAAAGUGUAAUACAUUGUCCUUAUAUUCCUUAACUAAUGGGUUAUUAAUAAAAUGUUUUUUUAAAAACAGUGGAA